AUGCUCCCCAGGUAACCCGAAUUCUCCGCCCGCGGCCUUCUAUUCAGCUUCUUUUCAGAGUCUCAAGAACGCAUGCGUUAUACUUUCUGAUCUGUUCCCUUUUCUUUGUUAUCUUCUCCAUCAAUUCAUCUUACAAACAACAGAAAGCCGUUCUGAGACCUCGUCUCAGAUUCCACGAUCCUUUGGCGGUGGCGAAGAGUCCGGAACAGGUGAAAGUGUUAAUCGAAUGUGAAAAACUGCUCGAAAGUCUGCCCGUCCUCUCCGCUCCGGCUCUUCUGAUCGACGAGGAUUUGCUCAAAGAGAUUCAAAUCGGAAAGUGCAGCAAAUUGGACGGGAAAAGGGUCAAAGUGAGCGAAAAGUUUACAGAAAGAAGAUCUUUCCAUUCCAAACUUCAUUCAGAUUGCUGUGGAAAGCGACUCCAACUUCACGACUGAAACCGGCCAUUUCGACGUAGUUCACUAUGAGAGUCUUCCGCAGAACGACUACUUUCUCUUCGAGAACGACAUGAAACGAAUCAUUCCAAAGUGAGUUCUCAUGUUUAUAAAAUCCGUCAGACAGGGUGUCUUCAGGCACUUCCCCUUCCGUUUGAUCAACAAUCUCCAAAUCCCCAGUGACAUUCCAACUUUCCUCGAGUUUUGGAGACGCUCUAAGAUGAUCGAGUGCUUGAAUCUCCACGUUCCGAGGAAUGAAACUGAAGUAGGAUGACUUUGAAUCACCAUAGAGUUCGUUUUCUUUAAGGUGUACAUGAACGCAACUGUGUCCACGAAUGCUCUAGCUUCUCUCCGUAACGAGCUCCUCCAGCACGGAAUGUUCUCAUCGCUUAACGGAGGAACUCUUCUCGGAUGGUACAGGGAAUGCACGGUCAUUCCGCACACAACUGACAUGGACGUAGCCAUUUUCGCUGAAGAUUAUCAACCGGGAUUCUUGAAAAGCCUCUUCCGAAACGAGUCGAAUUUCAAAUUGAGUAGGAAGUUGGGAUUGCUGAACGAUUCAUUCGAAUUGACUGUGGAGCCGAGAGAAGAAUUCCCGGGGCUUUACAUUGACAUUUUCAUGAUGUACAAGGGCGUGAAGGAUAAUGGAGAGGAAUAUGAUUGGGUGGGCGGAAGCAGUCGUGAGUUCCGAGAAUUCAUUGAUCUCCAAUAUCAUCGUUUGUUCAGCGGACGGCUCGAAGUUCAAGUUCCCGUACACUCCGUACGAUCCGUGGUGCUCUGCAGACCUUCACGGACACAUCUUCUGGGUGACAUGCAGUCCGAACGAAAGGAUGAAGGCAGAGUACGGAGAGCUCUGGUACAAGGAUGCACCUUCGGACACGUUCGUUUGGAAUUCGAACUCUGUUCCUAACGGCGAAUGGACGAGCGAACAGAUGAAAACGGUGUACAAAGUGUACGAUUGGCACGGCGUUCGGACACACCGUCUAGAGGAGGAAGUUGCGUAG